ACAUCCUCUGGAGGAUCCACAGUGGCGUCCCGAUGAGGAGCUACAACUGGCGGAGACACAACCACCCAUUCACGUUGUCCUUCCUGGAGGAGGUGCUGCGCUGGGUCGGCAUGAACGAGGUGCACAAAGCUGUCACCCUCUUCCUGGAUACGCUGGACAAACAGCCGGGCUCCGCCUGGACUCAGAGGAGUUUGUACAGAGAGUUCCUCUUCCUCACUCUGGCAGCUAUGGGCAAAGACCACGUUGGUAAGACUGACUGCCUCACCCCUCUUCCUAUCUGGACGCCAUGCUGAUUAG